AUGUCAAUCUUUAGGAGUGAAACUUCCUUCCUUCAAGCAUUCAAGUUCACGACAUAUUUGACUAGAAAACCAGUGAGAAAAAUGUAUCAGGAAAAGCUCAUAUGUCGAGCAGAAAUCAUCCAACUAAGUUAUGAACUUACAAAGCAAAUCGAUAACAUUAGUGGCGCAUUUAAAGCCGUGUUUAGGUUUCUUAGCGCCAGCUACACUUAUAAUAGAAACUGA